AUGAUCAAGUCCAAGCAAGCUUCUACGGAGAGGGUGCCCGGAAGGGUCGCCGAACACGCCAUGACCGGCGCCGACUCCAAUGGUGCUGAGCCCGACGAGCUACGCCAGGGCGCCGCCGCCCCCAUCUCCCCUCGCGCCUGGUCCCAGGGCCCGAAGCCCGCCGCAGCCACAGCCGAGGCGCCGACGCAAGACCCGUCCCCUGACGACGCCCCCGACACCGGCGCCGCGGACCAGGCGCCCAAGAGCGCCGCCGGGCCUGCGAAGGCUGCUGCGGCGGCCGCCGCGGCGGCGGCUGCCCAGCAGCUGCCGGCGAGCAAGGACGGCAAGGUGCUGCACCCUGACCUGGUCAACCCCAACAUCAUCAAGACCCAGUACGCUGUGAGGGGGGAGCUCUACCUGAAGGCCGAGGAGAUGCGGCGCGCCGGGCGCGACGUGAUUUUCACCAACAUCGGCAACCCCCACAACCUGGGCGCCAAGCCCAAGACCUUCACGAGACAGGCAGGGCGUGGGCCGCCGCGCCCCGGGCCUCUCGGGCGUGUUGUCAUCGCCCUGUGCGCAGCGCCCGACCUGCUGGACAGCCCCCAGGCGGCCGGCCUGUUCCCGCACGACACGGUGGCGCGUGCGAGGAAGCUGCUGUCCAGCUUCACCGGGGGCGUGGGCUCCUACACCGACUCAAGGGGCAACUCCAUGGUGCGUCAGGACGUGGCCGACUUUAUCGGGCGGCGUGACGGCUUCCCAGCAAACCCAGAGCACAUCUUCCUAACUGAUGGCGCCAGCCCUGGCGUGAGGAUGAGCCUCUCAGCCCUCAUCCGCAACUCGGACGACGCCAUCCUGGUGCCCAUCCCGCAGUACCCCCUCUACAGCGCAGCCAUCACGCUGCUGGGCGGCAUCCUCGUCCCCUACGACCUGGAUGAGUCACGCGGCUGGGCCCUCUGCCUCUCAUCCCUCAAGGCCGCCGUGGCUGACGCGCGCGCCAAGGGCAAAUGCGUGCGGGCCCUCGUCUUCAUCAACCCGGGCAACCCCACAGGCCAAGUGCUGCCGCUCGCCAACCUGCGUGAUCUGGUGAGGUUCGCUUUUGACGAGAAGCUUCUGCUCAUGGCGGAUGAGGUGUACCAGGAGCUGGUCUACGAGGAGGAGAAGCCGUUUGUCAGCGCACGCAAGGACGCCAGGCCGGCUUGCGCCCUGCUGGGGCUGCACAUGACAGCCUCCGGCCUGCUGGACGGCCAGCCGCCAGCAACCAUGGCGGCGGCCCUGAAGGACAUGGGGGAGCCCUACGCCAGCGGGGUGGAGCUGAUAUCAUACCACACCGUCUCAAAGGGCACGAGCGGCGAGUGCGGCCUGCGCGGCGGGUACUACGAGAUGGUCAACAUCCACCCUGCCACCGUUGACCAGUUCUACAAGAUCUCGUCCAUCAACCUCAGCCCGAACUCAAUCGGCCAGAUCGCAUUGAGCUGCAUGGUCAACCCCCCGGCAGCCGGGGAUCCCUCGCACGAGCUGUGGAUCCAGGAGCAGCAGGGCGAGCUGGCCUCCCUGAAUCGCCGCGCCAAGAUGGUGGUGGACGGCUUCAACUCCCUGCAGGGCGUCUCCUGCAACGCCACGGAGGGCGCAAUGUAUGCCUUCCCGCGCCUCUCCCUGCCGCCCCGCGCGCUGGAAGCUGCCCGGAAGGCGGGGCGGGCGCCGGACGCGUUCUACUGCCUGAGGCUGCUGGAGGCGACCGGGAUAGUGGCGGUUCCGGGCAGCGGGUUCGGGCAGGCGGAGGGAAGCUUCCACCUGAGGACCACGAUCCUGCCUAGGGAGGAGAGGAUGGCGGAGUUUGUACAGAAGUUCAGGACCUUCCACCAGUCCUUCAUGGCAGAGUUCAUGUGA